AUGUCAGCCAACGGCGACAGUGCCCACGGCUUCGAGCUGCCGUCGGCAUUGGCCUCGACACUGGUGACGGCAACCGCCAUUGCCAACUUCUCUUACAACCAAGAUCAACAGCAGCAACUACAUCAUCGCCACGGUGGAAGCAAGAGCAAAAGCAGGAGCAACGACAAGAGAGCAUCGGUCCCGAGCUCGGCGCUCGCCCCUCCUCCUCCCGCUACCGCUGCUACGACCGCCACAGGCACCGCCGCCGCCGCCGCUCUCCUCCCGGCCCGACGACCGCGGCACCAGAUCACGCGCUCCAUCACCGAGUUCUCGCCGCCGCUGAGGAUGCAUCGGCACCGGCAUAGUCACCACCACCACCCGACGCAACACGCGCUGCACCUGAACGCGCAGAGCCGUAAAGAUAGGGACAGGCUUCUGCUGUUGGAUGAGAGGGCAUCUGGUCCCGGCGGUUUGGGUGGGCGGAGCUCGCUCGACAUGACGCGUUCGGAGUAUGUGACGCCCAGCAGGAGCCCGGAUUCCAGCCGGAGAACCAGCGCACUCGUUGGUCCAAUGAUUGGGGGCGGGGAGAAUCCAGCUGCUGUCACGCCGGCUUCGAGGAGGCAGAGGAACGCCAAUAACGCGGCUGCAUUGGUGGAGGAGAAGGGUAGGACCGCGAACAGGGUCGCGGGCUUGAAGAACUCGCUAGUCGAGCUGAGCGGGUUCUCGACGGCGACGACCCGACGGCUAGACGAGACGUACUACUCGGUGCUGGAGAAGAAGAGCAUGCUGCAGAACACCAUCUCGGCGAUUCGGGAGCUGGCGGUGGCUUCGCGGCAGAUGACGGGCGAGUUCGUGUCCGAGGCCGACGAGAUGGCGCGGGACGUGGCGGGCCAGCUCGACACGUUUGGGCAAUUCGGCGAGCAGGAGUCCCGCAUCGAGGCGCUGCAGGGCCGGAUCGAGUCCGGGAGAACGCGGAUUGCAGGGUUGAGCGGGCGUGUCGACCUCGUGAGGAGGCGGAUCGAGGGGUGGGAGAGGGCCGAUCGGGAGUGGCAGGAGAAGACGCGCAAGAGGCUGCGAGCCGUGUGGAUCGUCACGUCGCUCGUGUUCGCGCUGCUGAUUUUGUUGUUCGUCGGCGCGCAGUAUCUUGGCGGGCCGGCUGAUCUCGAGGGCGCUGCUGGGAGGGCGCUGAGAGGUCUUGAGAAGGGGGCGAAUCGGAGCGCGGGGGUGUUCCGUGAGACGGGAGUGAGGGAGGCGCCGAAGCUGCCGCCUCUGUGGGAGGAUGGGGGAAGGAGGGAGGAGGAGGAGGAUCGGUUGAGGGUGUUUGAUGAGCUGUAA